UCAGUUUAACUUUUCCCCGCAGAACCCCACUGAAACUUUGUUAGGUCAGAACUUUCUUUCUUUUUUUUUUUUUUUUUUUCCUUUUUCAAAAUUUUCAAAAAUUAGAAGAAAGUUUCAGGGAAAAAAAAUGGGCAGUGAAUUCAAGAAGAAAGCUUUCUGGAGGGCAGUGAUAGCUGAGUUUGUGGCCAUGAUCAUUUUUGUUUUUAUCAGUAUUGGUGCUGCACUUGGGUUCCAAUUCCCCAUCAAAAAUAAUCAAACCGUCAUCCGGCAACAAGACAACGUCAAGGUGUCGCUGGCGUUUGGCCUGUCCAUUGCCACCAUGGCGCAGAGCGUGGGUCACAUCAGUGGUGCCCACUUGAACCCUGCGGUCACCCUGGGUUGCCUACUCAGUUGCCAGAUCAGCAUCCUGAAGGCUGUAAUGUACAUCAUUGCCCAGUGCCUUGGUGCCGUGGUGGCAACUGCCAUCCUCUUGGGCAUUACAUCUGAACUUCCAAUAAAUUCUCUUGGGCUCAACGAGCUGAGCGAUGGCGUGUCAGCGGGACAAGGCUUAGGCAUCGAGAUCAUCGUCACUUUCCAGUUGGUCCUGUGUGUUGUUGCUGUGACAGACAGGAGAAGACAUGAUGUAACAGGAUCCAUACCUCUAGCGAUAGGACUCUCAGUGGCCCUGGGGCAUCUGAUCGCAAUCGACUACACUGGAUGCGGAAUGAACCCUGCAAGGUCUUUCGGAUCUGCAGUGGUUGCUAAAAAUUUCCAAUAUCACUGGAUCUUUUGGGUGGGACCAAUGAUUGGAGGAGCAUCUGCCGCCAUUAUUUAUGACUUCAUCUUAGCACCGAGGACCAGCGACUUAACAGAUCGCUUAAAGGUGUGGACCAAUGGGCAGGUGGAAGAGUAUGAGUUGGACGGAGAUGACAAUGCCCGGAUGGAAAUGAAACCAAAAUAAAAAAAGAAACACAAAAACUUGUGGAGAGAUUUCAGUAUUAUGAACUUACUUGUAAAGUAAAAACAAAAAACAAAAAAAAAAUCCAAAAUGGGUUUAUUUGCAGUUCGUGUUUCAAUUUUUGCUUGUAUGCCUUUUGCAAUGUAUUGCCUAACCUCAUGACACAUACAAAAGAUGUACUGUAAUAUUUUAUACUUUUUAUAGACAACUGCAUGCAAUUUUUCAUACCACUGACAUCGCAUUACCAAUAAACGUUUGCUAGCCCGCCCUAAAUCCAUUUUACUCUUGAUAGUGUUUUCUAAUUAUAAACUCAGGGGGCCCAUUAUGCAACAGGAACAAAGUUUAACAACAUAAAAAAGAAACACAGCGCCCCCUAUAAAUCAAAAAGCAGCAAAUAUCAGGGGAGUAAAAAAAAGUAGACCCACAAACUUUGUUUUGUUGUAUUCAUAAAUGUCUGGACUGGACAUUAAAAUGGGUUUAUCCAUAUUGGACACCACUAUUCCCUGCCCUUUUAACCUUUAAUUUACUGGGGGAAAAAUAAAUAUAUUGGUAUUUAAAAAUGCUUUUGCCGUUGUGAAAUUUGUUUUCAUCCAGGUGGAGAUCGUAUGUUGUGUAGAUAUAUAUAUAUAUAUAUAUAUAUAUAUAUAUAUAUAUAUAUAAAAAAAAGUUACAAAAGAAAGUUACGAAAGAAACAGGUUUGUAUUUGAAACAAAGCAGGAAAAAAUAUUAUGAAUUCGGAUGUAAGGAUAGUGAGUACUGUAGACACAACAUGAAUCACAUGUAAGAGUCACUCGAUUCAGAAACUUUCUGCCCAGGUGAAGAAGAAGAAGAAAUAUCAGGACAAAUAUUAACAAAAAGAGAACACGAAAAUGUUCAUAAGUCAAAUGCACUAACCCGAUUGGAUGUUACCGAAUAACAACACAGGGUCAAACCCACCCAGUUACCCUUACAGUAAACUCUCCAUCUAGCUCUCUAUCUGUAUAUACCAUAUCCUCUAGGAAUUUCUUUGUACAUUUACUUUGUGUAACCCUUUGAGCGACGGGGACCAUGGCACCUAAUGCAUGAAGAGGACAUAUUAAAAAAAAAAAAAAAAACCCUCAGGAUUUUAUCAGAAUUAAUAUAUUUAAUUAUUAAUCUGUUAAUUUUAGUGUUAUAUGAAAACAAGUCUUUAACACAUAAUAUGACUAAACCUUAUCCAUACGUUGCGUAUUUUUUGCUAAGCUGUAUUAUCUUGUAUUAUCAAACAUGUCAGUAUUGUAAAUAAAUUGGAUUUCAGAAUAAAAUAAGCUUUUACUAACAGA